CACGCCCCGGCCCCGCCCCAGCCCGGCCCGCGCCCUAUUUGGUCAUUCGGGGGACCGGCGAGGCCGGCGGCGCUGCGGGGGAGCGGGACGCGGCGGAAGGGGACGCGGAGCGGUCGCGUGCGCGGAGGGCAGCUCGGGCGCCGUGCGGUCGCUGCGGGCGCUCAGGGGCCCUGGGAACAAUGGCGCUGUGCGCGCGGGCCGCGCUGCUGCUGCUGCUGGGCGCGCUGCAGGUGCUGGCGCUGCCGGGGGCGGCGGCCGACGGCUCUCCAAGUGGAAACAACUCUGUGCCUCUACUGACCUCCAGUGUUAAUGUUACAGAGAAUAUCACUGUGCACAUGACUUCCAACCAGACCAGGGAAAUUAACAGCAGCACCGUGAAGCCAGUAGUAACUUCAAGACUGCCAAAAACUGUCACAGCUGUCACUUUGAAACCUGCAACUAUUGCUAAAACAUCAACACCAGAGGUCUCACCACACGCGACUUCCACUGCCUCCAAGUCUACACCCAAAGCAAGUGCUUCCCCAAACUCAACCCACACAUCAGCAUCGGUGACGACCACAGUCCCCAGUAGUUUAAAGACAUCGAUAACGAUAACGGCGACUGUUCAUUCUGACAAAAGCAAAGGAUCCAGGUUUGACCCCGGCAGCUUUGUUGGAGGAAUAGUGUUAACACUGGGGGUCCUGGCUGUGCUCUACAUUGGGUGCAAAAUGUAUUACUCAAGGAGAGGCAUCCGGUAUCGAAGCAUUGAUGAACAUGAUGCCAUCAUUUAAAGCACUCUACUGAGCAAGGAAAGAAGAGAGCCUGCAACCCUAUCAAUUAGUUUGUUUAUAUUAGCUUAAAAUAUUAUUUUCUUGGAAGUAGUAUAAGAAGCAUGCAUAAAAUGAACAGUGUAUUCCAUGAUAUCCAGAAAUCCCUCAUUACUGAAGGUAAAGGUUGUGGUCUGGGCAGUUCAGUGAAUAAUUGAAGCAAACAGGUGAUUUAUCCAGUGAUUACAUUUACUUUAGAAAGUCCUCGCAAGACAAGUCCUCACAAGACAAGCCCUGUCUUUCGGAGUAUGCAGAUGGCACUGGUUGUCACUGGGCGGGAUCCCGUGCAGCAUACAGGGAGGAGCCUGCCGCAACACUGACUUUCACUAAACAGUGACCACGUAAAGAACCUGAGUGCCAUUCAGAGCUGGGUGUACCCUAAUUCAUGCCUCGAGUUCCACAGCUGAGCUACCCAGCUCAUCUUAAGAAGACGUCAACAUUUUAGGGUUUAGAAGUCAGGCUUGAUCUAGAGAGAACUUGCACUCCAAUGCAGCCCUCACAACACCAUGCUUGUGUUAAGGCCCUGGAGUGCCGUGGAGUGUGGACUCUACUAACCACCUCUUGUCAGCCGUCCGUGUUGCUGUUUCUUCAUUUCUGCAGAUUUAGGCAAAGCCACGGCGCUGCCUGGGAACCUGUCACACCACUGGGAACGCUGUUCACAGGCACUUGACAGAUUGAGUUUCAGUGAACAAUUUUUAGGCAAUGUAGAGCUGCUUUCCAUAUAUAGAAAUUUGUAAUGGAAUGUAAAAUACCUUUUUUUAAAAGUCCCCAUUGUAUGAUUUCCAAAUCAGUGUUUAGAAGUCUACAUUGACAGCAAAACGCUGUGCUUUCUGAACCAGGGACUGUGAAGCCCCCCAGGCCACUAAACUACAGAGUGGAGAUGCUGCAUUUUUUACACUGUCAACUUACUCAGAUUUGAGAAAAUGGCGUUUUUUAUUCUAGGCUGUAUUUUCGAGUAAAUUCCAGCUUCCAUGUCCCCAGGCCCACUUCUUACCCUUGGUGUUUCCAGGGAAAGCAGCACCCGGUCCCCCAGUGGCCGUCACCCCAGCAGCCUGUCACUCCAGAAGCCCAGGCUGUCUGCGGCAUUUAGUUCUAUAGUUUAGAUUCCAGGUCAAACUCAGGGUCAAGGCUAACAAAGGAGGUGUUAGUUACAAAAUACUAAUAUAUUUCUAUUGUAGAGGGCCAAAAAAUUACAGCAAUUUUUGAAAGUGUAGAAAUAAGCCUCAAAUGUCCUAAUGAGUGCACACCUGUUACAGUUAAAAUUAAGUGUAACUUUUGUAAUCUGCUGGUUUUCAGAAAAUGCAGACUACCAAGAAUUUUUUAUAUAAAUAAAAUUAUUUCUACUUGCUGUGCAUUAGGGCCAACUGAUGUGGUAAACGUGGAAUGCUCAGAUCUAUUAACAGGGAGAAUGGAGGAAAUGCUAGGAAAUGGAACAUGGGGUAGAUUAGUUUCAAGUGUGGGCUGAUGGAAAGUGAGUGCUUUCUCAUUGGCUACUUUCCUUUCUUCAGAAUGUAGUUUAGGCUCCUGCGGUGGUGAGGGCUUUUAAGUUGAACUUGUUUCGGUUUGCUGCGCUCUUGGUACUCAGUACCAGCGGGCAGUGUUCUUGAAUGCUGUUUCCUUAGCACUUUGAAGGUCCAGACCUCUUCCUGAAGUACUGUCUUUCUUUGCCUCCUAGUCUCCACUGAUUUGGGGGUUAAAAGUAAUGUUGUUAUGUCUUUUCUAAUUUGUUGCUUUCAAAUACCAGGACUUUUGUUGAAGAGAUUUCUUUUUAAUCUAUCAAAAUUGACCACAUUUUCGAAGCGUAAAUUUGUCUUCCGAGACUGGCUUAAGUGAACAAAUGCUCACCUUUCCUAGCUUUCCUAGAGAAUGUGUUUGUUAAGAUAAAGCAAUCCUAGAUGUACGUGUGGACACCAGAGCUAUUCUGGCUUUAAAUUUCACUUCAGUAAUUCCAUAAAAAGAAUAAUUCAAAGGAAGAGAAAUGAGAGUUGGCAACAUAUUUUAUAGUGUGAUAAUUUUGUAUCUUCAGGGGAAAGACUAGCAAAUUCUUGUUACCCUUUUUUCUAUAAUGACCAAUUUUGGUAUUUCAUUGUUACUAAGAUCUAUUUUUAGAAUAAAAUUUGUUCUCCAUUCAAA